AUGAGAUCGAAGGAAAGACUUGGUCUAAUACGAGCGAGAAUGCUUGGAGCUUCCAAUGCACAUGGUGACGUUGUUAUUGUUUUAGACUCGCACUGUGAAGUGAACCAGGGUUGGUUGCCUCCAUUGUUAGCACCAAUUUCAAGAGAUGAGCACGUUGUUACUUGCCCUAUCAUAGACUUCAUUGAUCAUGAUACGUUUCAAUAUAAGCCAAUGGGCUCCUUUAUUCGCGGCACAUUUAAUUGGCGUUUUGAUUACAAAGAGAGAGAACUAACUAAAGAACAAAUGAAAAGAAGAAAGGACGCCACAGAAGAAGUCUGGUAA